AUGACUUCGUUACUCUGGUCCACCCUCGGAGCAAAGACGUUUCUGAAAUCAAACACAAAGUAUUCCAAUCUUGCCAUUAAUAUUUUCACUCGAAAGAUUCACAGCACAAAGGUCUUUGUCACACCUUCUUCUUUCUCAAAGUGUAUUCCCAAAAAUGUUGCGAUCAGAGUACCAGUACCCUAUUUCAAACGUGGUUUGGCCACAAUAACUAAUAUCGACUCGGAAAACAUAAAUCAUGGUUUGGCUACUAGUGUAAGCACAAACGAUACAAAUAAUAAUAAGGCAGUUCAACCAGAGUCAAUAGAGAAAAGUGUUGAGGCAGAGGAAAUUAUAAAAAAGAAACGAGAUUAUUAUUUCGAGAAUUAUCGUGAUAAAACAAAUUUCGAGCUCUUGGAGGAUUUCCCAGCCUGGCUUGAAGGAUUGGGAAUGAAGGCUGUGGCGCCACUUUUCGAAGGAGAAGAUUGGUUAGACAUUUCGCGAGGGUCCGAAAGCAUAAUUUCCGUUGAAGCUGUAGACAACGCUGGUUUUGAUGUGACCGCAGAUUUGGAAUGCCUCCUUCAUUCGUUUGAUGACGGGCUCGGUGAUUUUGCCCCGUUCUUCGAGGGAAGAGAGUUGCAAGAGAUCAAAAGAAUGAAUGAUGAAGAUUUGAUCAAAAUGGGUAUUAAAAGUGCAGUUAAAAGAAAAAAGUUGAUCGAAGGUUUCAAUUCGUUGGUGGAUGCUAUUUACGAGAAGAAUAGAACUUAUUACAAUGUAAAUUAUGUCGAAGAAACUAAUCUCGAAUUACUCGAAGAUUUUCCAGCCUGGCUUAGCGGUUUGGGGCUAAAAUCUUUGGCACCAUACUUUGAGGGUAAAAGUUGGCAGGAGAUUAUCAGAUUAAGAGAAAGAGACUUGGACGAGAUAGGCAUAAGUAAUGUGAAUCAUAAGAGAAGGUUGAUUCGGCACUUUCAAAAGGUUCAAGAAAAUCUGCCUGAGCAAGAAUCCAAUUUUUCACUUGACAAUUCCGAAGAGAACAAUGAUAAGACUGAAGACAAGGGCAUCGAAAAUUUCAAGGUCGAUCCGAAAAUCAGGGAAGACUUGCCAUGUUGGUUAAAUUCACUUGGUGACGGAUUUGGAGACUAUGCCCCGUAUCUAGAAGGCAAAGAAUGGUAUGAAAUUAUAGAUCUAGGAAAGCCAGAUUUGAAUGAGCUGGGAAUUAAGGAUGCCAAGAUAAAAAAUAAGUUGACCAUGGGAUUUUCGUUUUAUAAAAGAGCGCUGAAAAAUAAUGAGGCCGAAGAGGCUGUUUCAAGAAUUCAUAUUUAUCAAAAAGAGAAUUACAUUACAAAAACAAAUUUCGAAUUAUUGGAAGAUUUUCCAGCUUGGCUCGAUGGCUUAGGGAUGAAAGUGUUGGCGUCGCGUUUCGAAGGGAGAGCAUGGCAGGACAUCAUUAAGAUGGAUUGUUCAGAUUUGGAGAAAUUAGGUGUUCCCACAAAGGGUCUCAGGAUGAAAUUGGUUAAACAUUUCAUGAGGGUUGAACAUAACAUGAAUGAAGAUUCAUCACCUGAAGAAGAUAAAACGGAAAGAAUGAAAGACUCUGAGAACUUCGUUGUUGACUACGAAGUAAUGGAAGACUUAACCUGCUGGCUUCAUUCAAUUUGCGAUGAAGUUGGAAAAUUUGGUCCAUUUUUCAACGGUAAAAAGUGGCAAGAAGUGAUUGACAUGAAUCAUAAAGAUUUGUUAGAAUUGGGUAUUAGACAUCGGAGGAUGAGACGAAUGCUUCUCGAAGGAUUUGAAAUCUAUAAGAAAGCCAUGGCCACUGAAAAUCAAUGUGAACAUGAAAUGACCGAUACUGACCCAAUUCCGGAUAGCGAAAAAGGCAAGGAGGUUUCAGCGACUCUUUAA